AUGGCCGUGCGCGGCAAGGUCAAGGACUACUUCCACAACGCCUAUCAGCCGGGCGAGCGAGUCCUCAUUCAGAAAAUCGACUUUUUCAUCUUGACAUUUUGCUGUCUGAGCUAUUUUGUCAAUUAUCUCGACCGCAGCAACCUUAACAAUGCCUACGUCUCGGGCAUGAAAGACGACUUGGGCUUUGUUGGAGACCAACUAACGCAAAUCAAUACCUGUUUCACCGUCGGCUAUGUCGUUGGGCAAAUUCCAUCCAACCUAUCGCUGCACUAUGUCAAGCCGCGUAUCUGGUUCCCUCUCAUGAUGGUCCUCUGGGGCGGGCUCACCAUGGUCACAGCCUCGGCGCACAAGCCGCAAUCCAUCAUGGCGAUUCGUUUCUUCCAGGGCAUCUGCGAAGCGUCGACCUUUGUCGGCACCCACUACAUCCUGGGUGCAUGGUAUACUGAGCGCGAACUUGGCAAGCGCAGCGGCAUCUUUACCUCAUCGGGUCUUGCCGGCACCAUGAUUGGCGGCUUCAUCCAAACGGGCCUCAACCGCAGCCUCGAUGGGCGCGGCGGACUGAGUGGCUGGCGCUGGCUGUUCAUCAUUGAUGGGCUAAUUACGAUGCCGGUAGCGCUCUACGGCUUCGUCUUCUUCCCUGACACGCCGCAGACGACGACGGCCUUUUAUCUCACAGAGGAGGAAAAGGAGCUUGCUCGGUCUCGCAUGCCCAAGACGGCGACGGAGGAGCAGUCCCCGAUGACACUGGCCUUUGUCAAAAAAGUCCUCACCUCGUGGUACUGGUGGGGGUUCGUGAUGCUCUGGGUCAUUGCGGGCGAGACCGAGUCGUUUAGCAGCAACGCGCUUCUGGCGUUGUACAUGCAGAACCACCCGGUCAAUAAAUACUCCAAGGCGCAACUCAACGACUACCCAACCGGCGUGCCCGCAGUCGGCAUCGUGUCGACACUGUUCUGGGCCACGCUGACGGAUUUUCUCGGUGGUAAGCGCUAUCUCGUCGGCUACUGGAUCGGCAUCACGGGCAUUGCAACAUCCGUCAUGAUUUUGGUGGCAUCAAGGAGCCCGACCAGUCCCUCGUCCACCUCCGUGGUGUUUGCUGCGUAUUACUGGGCCGGAUCGGUGUACGCGUGCCAGGCAACCUUUUUCGCAUGGUGCAACGAUGCCAUGCGCUUUGAACAAUCCGUCUUCCGAGGCGUGGUCUUGGCUGGUAUGAAUCUGGGAAACAAUGCUGUGAAUGCGUGGUGGAUUCUCAUCUUUUACGGUGCCUCGCGGGCGCCGUGGUUCAUUCGCGGCAUGUGGGCAAUGAUUGGAUGUUCGAUUGCGCUGAUUUUCUGGAGCGCUGGACUGUCUUACUUGGCUCGCAAAUAUCGUCGCCGCAGGUUAGUGGACAGCGCAGAAGUGCAUGAAGCUGAGCCGUCCAAGGCAGAUGAAAAUCACCUCCAAUCAUGA